UUUCACGUAUCUACAAACUGAAGUCGCGAUUUUUCAUGAAAAUAAAUAAAAAAAGUAGGCACUGAUUUAACGGAGCUUUCUCCGAGUUUGUGUGAAGUAAGUGUGAAUAUUUUAGUGAUUUUAUUGAAGAGUUGAAUAAAAUACACGAAUAAUCGAGGAUGUAUCGUCCACCGCCGAUUCUCCAUCACGUCAGAAGGGCGCAUUCGGCAACACGCAAGAAGAAUCCCCAUUUGGACGCAAUAAUCCGCGUGGACCACGCCGGCGAGCUCGGCGCAGACCGCAUCUACGCGGGGCAGAUGGCGGUGCUGGGCAACACCGCCGAGGGGCCGCUCAUCAAGCACAUGUGGGAGCAGGAGAUCAAGCACCGGCAGAAGUUCGAGGAGCUGAUAUCCAAGUACCGCGUCAGGCCGACUGUCAUGACUCCCAUUUGGAAUAUCGCGGGAUUCGCUCUUGGGGCUGGUACCGCCCUCUUAGGCAAAGAAGCAGCUAUGGCUUGUACUGUAGCCGUCGAGACAGUGAUAGUGGAUCACUACAAUGACCAACUACGAACCCUGAUGGAGGAUCCGAAUGUAGACAAAGACAUCCUACAGACUAUCACCCAGUUUAGAGAUGAGGAGUUGGAGCACCAUGAUACAGGGUUACAUCACGGGGCGGAACAGGCCCCGUUCUAUAAGGCCCUCACUGAAGUUAUUAAGGCUGGCUGCAAGGCUGCUAUUGCUGUGUCUAAGAAGAUCUAGAUUUUUAUAUCUGAGGAAGGUGUGGACUGUAUUAUAACGCGAAUUAUAGUUAAGGAGCAUUUCUCAUUACCUCAAAUAGGUAUAGUGUUAGGUAAGUACAUAAUGUAUUAUAUAGUUUAUAAUGAUUAUGACUUACGUUAAACAUUUUCGGUCUUACCACAAAUAAUUAAACAAUCGUUAAACACGUGUUUAUUUUAAACCUGACAGAUGUCCCAUACGAAAACUGCCAAAACGUCAGUUCGGUCAUCAGUUAGCUUACACUUGAUAUUUUUUGUGGUAAGUUCGUUUAUUUUUGUAAUAUCGUAGUUUGACAAGCUCUAGUCUAGAUUUAGACUAUUUUUACAAUACAACUAAGCUUGGUUGUAAUUUUUGAAUUUAGUGUAAUAUAUUUGGAAAAGUA